UUACAGUGCUGUGGACAUUUGAAAUCACCAUUCUCCUACGCUUCUUGUCAAGGAAGUAAACCGUCAUCAUGAGUACGGACGCAGAGAUGGAGAUAUACGGGCCGGCGGCCAUCUACCUCCGGAAACCCGAGAGGGAAAGAAUUGAGGCUCAAAGCAAACCCUUUGAUGCAAAAACUGCGUGCUACGUAGCAGAUGCCAAAGAGAUGUACUUGAAAGGUGUUCUCCAGAGUAAAGAAGGUGGCAAAGCCACUGUUAAAACUCUGGAUGGGCAAACCAUCACUGUUAAGGAGGACCAAGUCUACCCUAUGAACCCUCCCAAGUAUGAUAAAAUUGAGGACAUGGCCAUGAUGACCCACCUCAGUGAACCAACUGUGCUGUAUAACCUCAAAGAGCGUUAUGCCGCAUGGAUGAUCUACACUUACUCCGGGCUGUUUUGCGUUACUGUGAAUCCAUACAAGUGGCUUCCAGUGUACGACCAGUCUGUAGUUGUUGCAUACAGAGGCAAGAAGCGUAUGGAGGCUCCACCACACAUUUUCUCUGUCUCUGACAAUGCCUAUCAGUUCAUGCUUACUGAUCAUGAAAACCAGUCAAUCCUGAUCACUGGAGAAUCUGGUGCAGGAAAGACUGUGAACACCAAACGUGUCAUCCAGUACUUUGCGACAAUCGCAGUGGCUGGUGACAAGAAGAAAGAACAGGUUCCUGGAAAAAUCCAGGGAACCCUGGAGGAUCAGAUCAUUUCAGCUAACCCUCUGCUGGAGGCUUUUGGUAACGCCAAAACUGUGAGGAAUGACAACUCGUCUCGCUUUGGUAAAUUUAUCAGAAUUCAUUUCGGAGCAACAGGAAAACUGGCUUCCGCUGAUAUUGAGACCUACUUACUGGAAAAAUCCAGAGUAACAUUUCAGUUGUCAGCUGAAAGGAGCUACCAUAUCUUCUAUCAGAUCAUGACCAACCACAAGCCGGAACUUAUUGAAAUGCUUCUCAUUACCACCAACCCCUAUGAUUACCCUAUGAUCAGUCAAGGGCAGAUCACCGUCGCCAGCAUUGACGACAAGGAGGAGUUGGAUGCCACAGAUUCUGCCAUAGACAUUCUCGGGUUCACCACUGAACAGAAAAUGGGCAUCUACAAGCUAACUGGUGCGGUGAUGCACUACGGUAACAUGAAGUUCAAGCAGAAGCAACGUGAGGAGCAGGCUGAGCCAGACGGCACUGAAGUGGCUGAUAAAGUCAGCUAUCUGUUGGGACUGAACUCUGCCGACUUGCUGAAAGCCUUGUGCUUCCCGAGAGUAAAAGUGGGGAAUGAGUAUGUGACCAAGGGGCAGACUGUCCCCCAGGUCAAUAACGCUGUUGGCGCUCUGGCUAAAUCUGUCUAUGAGAAACUGUUCUUGUGGAUGGUUGUCCUUAUCAACCAGAUGCUGGAUACAAAGCAGGCAAGACAAUUCUACAUUGGAGUCCUGGAUAUUGCAGGAUUUGAGAUCUUUGAUUACAAUAGCUUGGAGCAGCUGUGCAUCAACUUCACCAAUGAAAAACUGCAACAGUUCUUCAAUCAUCACAUGUUUGUACUGGAACAAGAAGAGUACAAGAAAGAAGGGAUUCUUUGGGAGUUCAUUGACUUCGGUAUGGACUUGGCUGCUUGCAUUGAGCUUAUUGAAAAGCCUAUGGGAAUAUUCUCCAUCCUUGAAGAGGAGUGCAUGUUCCCCAAGGCCUCAGACACGUCUUUCAAGAACAAGCUGUACGACCAGCACCUUGGCAAGAGCAACGCCUUCCAGAAACCUAAACCAGUCAAAGGCAAACCUGAGGCCAGCUUCUCCCUGAUGCACUAUGCUGGCACUGUGGACUACAGCGUCAACGGCUGGCUGGAGAAGAACAAGGACCCCCUGAACGACACUGUAGUGGGGCUGUACCAGAAAUCAUCCAUGAAACUCUUGGCCCACCUUUAUGCCGCUUUUCCAGCUGGCAGUUCUGAGGAAGCUGCUGCUGCAAAGGGGGGUGGAAAGAAGAAGAAGGGUGGCUCCUUCCAGACAGUGUCAGCUCUUUUCAGGGAGAACUUGAACAAAUUGAUGACCAACUUAAGAAGCACCCAUCCACACUUUGUGCGUUGCUUAAUUCCCAACGAGUCAAAGACUCCAGGUUUAAUGGAAAACUUCUUGGUUAUCCACCAGCUGAGAUGCAAUGGUGUGCUAGAAGGUAUCAGAAUUUGCAGAAAGGGAUUCCCAAGCAGAAUCUUGUAUGGUGACUUCAAGCAAAGAUACAAAGUGUUAAAUGCAAGUGUUAUCCCUGAGGGUCAGUUCAUGGACAACAAGAAAGCAUCAGAGAAGCUUUUGGCCUCAAUUGAUGUGAAUCACGAGGAGUAUAAAUUUGGCCACACCAAGGUGUUCUUUAAAGCUGGUCUGCUGGGUAUACUUGAGGAGAUGCGAGAUGAAAAAUUGGCCGCACUCAUCACUAGAACUCAGGCUCAAUGUCGUGGGUUUCUGAUGAGAACGGAAUUCCAAAAGAUGAUGGAAAGGAGGGAGUCCAUUUUCACCAUCCAAUACAACGUUCGCUCAUUCAUGAAUGUGAAACACUGGCCAUGGAUGAAGCUCUACUUCAAGAUCAAGCCGCUGCUGAAGAGCGCCGAAUCUGAAAAGGAAAUGGCCACCAUGAAAGAAGAAUUCGAAAAGUGCAAAGAAAGUCUGGCCAAAGCAGAAGCAAAACGAAAGGAGCUUGAGGAGAAAAUGAAUACUGUGAUGCAGGAAAAGAAUGACCUGCUGCUUCAAGUCCAGUCUGUAUGAGUCUGUUUUGUACUA